AUGCCCAACAUUCCAUCCGAACAGCCAGUAAAACCGACAAAACUGCUUUGCGACUCUGCGCCAUUGCAGGCAUGUUUGGAAAAACAUAAUGGGGAUCGAUCAAAGUGUUUAGAGGAAUGGAACAAUUUUCGAAGUGCAUGUUCUACACUAGAAAGUAAAAAGCUUAACACAUUGUCCAAUAAUGGAACUCAAUGA